CACUGAUUUAGAAAAAUGGCGUUCUAUACAGCUGCGGGUUGCGCAAUUUUUAUGUAAAUGUGCACGAAAUUUACUAGAAAAAUUAAGUUAUAAGUGCAACAAAUCUUUUUAUGUUAUAUAUAAUUUAUAAAGUAAAAAAAGCAUACAGUGUUACAAUAUUUUUAGUUCAGUGCAAACCUGUCAUGGACCGUGUAUUUUUUGUGUUGUGAUGUAUGAAAACGAUAAAUAAUGAAACGGAAAAUAAUGCGGCUGUGCAAAUAAUGUGACAAUGAUGGGUAUGAUAUGGGUGGUGUUAUUGGUGGCCUUGACCGGCUCACACUUGGGACACUGUUCGCCUCUCCGAUCAACGCCGCAAACCUAUCCUCAUGAUGCGAGUUCCCAGUCUCAAUUGGAGAACUGGGGCUCCCAGGGCGGCAUGUACGCGGCGGUGCCUGCGUUGGCGCUCCUCAUCACCGCUGUCGGUCUGCUCCUUGGUUGCACCUGGUGUUACCGACAUAAGGAUUGCAAGCCGAACGAAGGAGCGGACAAUCAGCUAUUCACUGCAAGCGCGACACACCUGCACGAUGGUCGUCGGGCCCAUCCGCCGGACUCGGGGUUCGUGGAGCCCGUCAACAACAACAUCAGUGAGGACAACAACAACGGGCCGAUAUCUCUCCGCGAGAUGCAGAACAUUGCCAACAACAACGCGGCCGCGUACAUCGUGAGUGAGAACGAGGAGAGGAACAGAGUCAGCAGGGAGUCCGUGGUCGAGUUCGAACCACUGCCCACCAGGAUACGGGUUGCGGACCCAUUGGAGCACUGCGCUGAUUGGUUUGGCGAAGAAGAUUUCCCGCGCAACAGAUUGCAGUAUCUUCGAGAGAUUGGUAGAGGAUGGUUUGGAAGAGUGGUUGAAGGUGAGGUUGAAGACAACGGAUCCACGAGCACAGUGGCGGUCAAGAUCCUCAACCAGAAUGCCAGCUUGGAGGAUAAGGCGCGCUUCCUGGACGAAGCCAAAAUGUACCGCGAUGUCCGACACGAGAACAUACUGGCUUUUAUCACCAAAUGUCUCCAGGAAGACCCAUGGAUACUCAUAUUUGAACUUUGUUCUAUGGAUCUCCAGCAGUAUUUGAUAGUGAACCGUCCUAAGAUGGCCAUACUGAACGAGAGCGGAGUGCCACUUCGGCUCAUGUGUGACGUCAGUUCUGCGCUCGCGCACUUGCACUCACGAGGCUUUUUAUAUGGCGACGUAUGGUGCGGGUCGGUGCAGGUGCGCGGGGCGUGCGAGAGUGCGCGCGCGGUGCUGGGCCGGUACGGGCCCGCCGCGCCGCCCUACCGCCUGCCCGCGCCGGAGACUCGGGCGCAGCCACCGCUCUAUACUGCCCAAAGUGAGUCAUGGUGUCUGGGCACGUUAAUAUGGGAGGUGUGUGCCUGGGGCGCCUCGCCAGACAGACUGCCGCCGCCACUGCCAGACCUGCCCUGUCCUUAUAGAAAUCAUCUCUACCAAGUGAUGCAGCUAUGCUGGAGCGAACAGGCGUCGAGUCGACCGACGGCGGCGCAGGUGCAGGCGCUAGUACUGCACCUGUACUGCAGCACACGCGACUUGCCCGAGCCCAGGGACGACGGAUACGGCAGCUCCGACUUCGAAGAGCGCUGGCAGAGACUCAAACCCAACUCUAUACCCAAACACGACGAGCACCGCGCCAUCGUACACACACACGACGACCUCAGCGUCGACAUGGACACCGCCGUCUCGCGCUCCAGUAGCAUCAUGUCCGACAAGGACAUGUCCGUGCAGAUCAAAUCAGAAAGCUUGACCAACCUCCACGGCUCACUAGAAGAUGUCAGGAACAUCUACCUCACCCACAACGAGACCGCCACGCUCGAAUGCCACCAAGGCAACAUUAGCCUCGAAGACGCCAGGGAGAAGGAGCAGGACCGCUCCGACGCCUCCAUGGACCCCUGGCUCAAGGAUAUCAUAGCUGGCAGCACAGAUGACGUCAGCUAUUACAAAGAUGUUAGUGAUGUCAUCAAGAAUCUCGAUAAUAUACUGAAUUCGGAAAAAACUUCAAGUUCAGAGUCGAGUCAUCAAGCUAGUCCCUCUAGGGACAAUCUAAGCUUGGACUGCAAGAAGGAUUACCCGAUGCAAUCCAGUAUGGUCAAGUCUCCCGGUAUCACAAAUUUCCAGAAUAUUCUAGAUACUGGAUUCAGUUCAAAGUCAGAUGAAACUGAGACUGGCGAUGACGACGAGCUCGACCGCGACACUAUAGGCACGCUGAGCCACUCGUUUGAGCGACACAGUGAGCUCGACACUACCAGCCAACACACGCUAGAGAAUCUCACACCUGACACGCCAAUAAAAGACAUAGACGUCGUCAGAAGAAUUGAAAUUCAAGUGGAAGUGGAGAGGGUCGAUACAAACAAUAUUUUAGUUCAUAACGAACCAGUUGAGUCCGUACAUCAACACACAGAAUUGCCAAAUGAUAACAAAAUAGUGAGUAGUGAUAGUGAAAUACCCAAGCUGAAGGAAUUAUGUGUAGCGUCAAUACCUAGUGCUAGUGAUAUCGAACAAUUGAAUGUUAAAGACUGUCAAACAUCAUGUGAUAGUAACUUAAAAGAAAUAAGUACUGAUAAGAAUGAAACUAAGUCAAUAGAUGAUGUAGGGAAGAUUGAAGAUACACCUCGUGAAGUAGAGAGUAAGGAUUCUUUAGAUAAGAUCGAACUGGAACAAAUGGUAGAUGAUAUAUUCUUGCCUAUAAUGGUACAUGGCAAAACAACUAGUAAAGUAGAACAAUCAUCACAAGAUGAAUCAACUGAGGAAAAGCUAGAACAGAAACCAGCUAAACAUGAAGAUAGUGAUAAUGAAAAAGUCCUAGAUAGUGAUCUCAUAAAAGUAACUGAUAGUUCUGAAGCCUUUGGAAACUCGAAAGAGGAUAGUUUAGGUGAAGUGAGCGAUUUAGAGCCAUCAGAGCUCCUAUCUCCGGAACAGACGCCUGAGUCAGUACAAAGUAUGAGUAAUAUAGAAAGCUCUAACUUGAAUGAAACAAAAGAGACUGAAAUACCAGUAAUCUUAAUAGAGGAAGUGAAAUCUCCAACGCCAGAAUUGCCACCUGAAAUAGUACAAAGUAUUUUUAAGGACGAAAAUGAUACAGAAAGUGCCACUGUCAGAGAUGAGAUUGAAGAUGCUAUGAAAGAAGAUGAUGGGCCUGUUAUAAGAAUACAGGAGGUCCAACAACAAAAUGCAAUAAUAAAGGAAGAAAUUAAUACUUCUGUGGAACAAGUGUUCAAGGAAAUGGAUGAUUCCACAAACAAUAGGAAUAUUUAUGAAGAAAUCUCAUCUGAACCUAUUAUAGACCCAAACAUCUACUUCAGUUAUGUUACAAAAGCUGCAACAAAUGUAGUAAAAGAUGUUUCUGAUUUCAUUUUGGAAGAACGAAAGAUAGCAAUGUUACAUGAAAUAAAACCUAAAUUGGCAACUGAGGACAACCAAUCACCAACAGAUGUAACUGAACACAAUCAAGAAUCCACUUUAUGUGCAGUGCAUAAGACUGAAGAUGUCUUAGCACAAGUUGGAACUAAUGAAGUAGAGAAAUUAGAAGAAGAAAAUAAGGAAAGUUUACUAGAUGAACUCAAAGAUGCCAAUAUUAUUGAAGAUGCAAAUGUUAGUAAAAUUGUCCCUUUAGUUUUAGAUAAAGCAUCUCCCAUUAUUGUCGACUCUAAAGAAAAUAUUCUAGAUACGGUAGAAAAUUUUGAACUAGACAAGAGUCCACAAAAAAUUCAACUUGAUGAAUUUACUAUCAAUGAAGAAGUAGCUAAAGUCAUUGUAGAAAAUGUAAGCAAAGAUAUCCCUUUAGUACAGGAUGUCGAGAAAAACGAUGUAGUCAUAAAUAAAAUGGAAAUGAGAGAUGACAAAAUCUCUAAAACUGUAUUUGAAGAAGCUCCAAGACCCAAAGUGGAGCACACAAUCCAUGGAGACGAACCCACAGCUGAUAAUCAUGAAGAAACUGUGAUUUCAGUUAUAGCUAACGUGAGCAUAGAGUCUACUUUGAAAGAGGAUGAUACUGAACAGGUUCCUGAUGAAAUAUUAGGAGCCAUUAUAGAACCAAUCAGUUCCACUCAUGUAGAGAAUGUUAAUGCAGAACUUAAAGAUGAUAAGGUUCCUAUAGCAGCUGUUCUAGAAGAGAAAGUUGAGGAUAAUUCUGAUGGUGAUAAAAUUAGAUCUGAUAAUAAUACCCUAGCUGAUACAAGAAUACAUUCAGACAACAGCACUGUGUACAUGGAUCUCAUUAACGAUACUAAUAAUGGAAUACUGAGUGAUAACACCUUAGAUAGUCAAGUAAGAAACGUCAUCAAAUCCUGCCUGGACAAUUCUAGCUCAGACAAUGCAUGCACUCUCGUCAAAAAUGAGUCUACCGAGUACCUAGAUCCUCCCAGUUUUGGUAUCAAGGAUAUAGACAAUUUCUUGCACAUGGAAAAGGUUUUCAACAGCCAGAAUGCUGAAGUUGUCUCCAGUACUCCAUUAGCUAGCGACGGCUCUGCGGAAAUAAAUAGCACGAUCGAGAAUUCCAUCAAAGAGGAACUAUCUGAAACUAAGGUGCCAGACUUAGGGAUGGGAGUGUCUGUCACUAAAUUGGAACAGAGAUAUGUUCCCGACAGCAUGAGCCCUUUUGAGUCUCCAACUAAGAGCCACCAUACUGACACUUAUGAUGAAAACAGUUCAGUAGUGCUCGGCCCUUUUGAGAAUUGCACGCUAGAGCUGUUCAAAGGAGCGAAGCCCGCCGAAUUAGUUGACUUGCCCAAAGAAGAGCUACUAGCAUUUUCGUCAAAUUUUAGUGAGAUGAAUCUCGAAACGCCAUCUCCUUUGCGUGACGGAAAUUUUCUAAACGAAGUUCCUGAUAUAGUGCACGAUGAUUUACAGUUUGAUGAUGUUCAAAGUUUAAGUGAGAAGCAGUCGGACCCUCAAACAGAGACUCCGAGUGCGCCCAGCGGUAACUCUGGGACGGAGAAGCGAGUGUCUCCCUUAACGCCACCGAACUCCCCUGGAGUGUUUCUAGCUUCGACGUCACAGCAGAAAUACAUUGUAGACAUCGACCUCACUCCUGAACCGGCACAUCUACAAGAACCGGACCUCUCACUCCAGAAAGAGAUAGAACUCAACCAAAUAGAGUUACAAAUAACUUCAAAAUUAGCAAUGGCGGAGAAUGAGAAUAAUAUGAACAUCGAAUACUCUGGACCUUUGACGGUGGAAGGUUUAGUUUCUGAUGACGAGAUGCUGCUGAGAGAAAGUGAUGCAUUGCCCGAGUCUUACCUGGCGGGGAACGGAGGAUACGUGGAGGAUAUGAGAGAGGACUUGACUCUGGACGAGGAGUGCGUCAAAGCGCUGAGGAAUGAGCUGGAACUGAAGUUGCCGUUGGCACAGGUAGCAGCAAUAGAGCCUCCUUGCGAGCAGGAGUGGUCUGCCGAGCUGCCUCCACCGCCAGAACUCAUCGUCAGCUACCCGGGCGCGCUGAGCCCCAUCGCUGAGGAGACUGGACAGCAACUGUCGGCGUAUGAGAAUGAUAUGAAUUGGAACCUGUCGAUCCGCACAGAAUCUUCAGAGAGCUACCCGGAGCCUUGCAACAACAGCACCGAUGACGUCACGGAACUGCCUACAGGGGCACAGACAUACACGAUACAAUCGCGCGACCCAUCGCGCAACCCGUCGCGCGACCAGUCGCAGAACAACACAUACACGCUUCACAGGGAUCUCGACCUUGCCAGCAGUAGAGAAAUUACCAUGAGCGCAGACAGCUUGAACGCCAGCCCUUUUAAAAAGCUAAUGCCUGACAGCGACGCCGACUCACCGAUUGAAGACAAAACAUACACGAAGGAAGAAGAGAAAGAGUCCCUCGAGAGGAUAUCACAAGUGUCGCCCUUUCUGCUGAGCCCCACCACCGACACAUCCGCGCCGGAAAACUCUGAUAACCUCGACAAUGCCACCGGAGUGUCCACUCUGUCCAAGACCACUCUCCCCACAGACGCCAAACUGUCCAAACCGUCCGAAACACAGUGUCUGUCCAAAGCCACCAGCAUCGACUCGUGGUGCUCCAAUGACACUCUGUACAAUGUCGAGGAAAACUUCGACGACCUAGCGAUGGACCCGGACGUGCCCGACUUCGAGCCGGAGAGGGACGAGCACAGCGAGAGUACGGACACGUUAACUCACAACGACGACGAGAAGGAAGUCAGUCACUGCUCGACUUACAUCAUACACGACAGUAAGUCGGAGGCCUGCGAGACCUUCUCGCCGGACUCCAUCACCGCCAACGACAACUACACGUAUACGAAAGUGAAGACUGAUAACGCAGGUACCACGCCGUCCGUACUUACCAAGUCCGACCUGAACGAUUCCACUAAGAACACCACCAAGGACCUGGCAUAUGGUACACUGAUGUCGGGAAUGCCUUCCUACUCCAAUUGUACUACGGAGGUGGUGUCGGGCUUCGAUGACUGGAAGGUGGCCCAACCAGAGCUGGUGAGGAGAUCCCCCAUGCCCGAAGAUAACGACAUCACCCCUCCUAACCCAGUCGAGGACAAGGAGGCUGAUGUCACGAGCCCGCAGCUUGCCACGGAACCUUCCCUCAAGAAAUUAGAGAGUGUCGACAUUAGCUGCCUACAGGAUGAUCUAAUAGACAGCCGCGAUAAGACGAACCAGUCGGACAGCGACGCUCUAUUAAUAGAUACUAACAGUCCGAACUACAACUACAAAAGCAUGGCACCAUCAGUGACGAGCACUCCACUCACCGAUCUCUUGGAUGAUGCUGAGAACGUUGAAGGAAUCCCCAUGCAUCUCCCCACAGGUAGCAGAGAGUCCUCGGAAGAUAGCGUGCAUGUACCAAACUUCCAGGCCUUCAUGCAGUCCGUCGAAGUGAGGCCGCAAGACUUGUCCUCCAAUGUUAGCAAUGAGGGCACCAACCAAGACACGGAGAUCCUGCUGGACGGAGAAAGCAAAACUUUGAGCAGGAACAGCAACCGCGACAGCUUAGCAGUGUCCGAACGUACGCCGACAUAUUCCGACUUUGAAAACUCGGCGCUAUCCAAACCACAAGACGUAAACUCGAAAGAUAAGUCUAGUCAGAGCAUGGAGAGUGGAAUCAGUUCAGAGGAUUUUCAGAAGUUUGAGACCUCUGUGAGAAGCCGUCCACAAGAUCUGUCGUCACUGAUCGACGCCAGCUCCCUGCUACUCAAGAGCGAGAGGAUGUCCAGUGAACUGGCGAUGGGUUCGCUGCCCACAGACUUGGAUCAGACCAGUCAGUCAGGAAGCCGAGACAUCGCGAAUGAGCCGCAAUCUCACACAAGUCCGCCUAUCGUUACAAAUUUUAACGAAUCUCACAGCUUAAUUAAUUUUAGAGAACCCAAUUUUUUAAUCAAUUUCGAUACUGACGAUGAGACCGAGCAACCGCAUUCGAUUAUAAUUACCGAAACUACGAUGGACGCGUUCAGGGAGAGUCCAAGUAAGAAUUACGACUCGAACGACGUGAACAUAUUAGAUGUUAACCAUGCCUACGAGCCGCACACUAGUAGAUGUCAAGCGCAAGAAGACUUUGAGAAGCUACUAGAACACAAGAUUAACGGAGAGUUGGAUUUUAAAGAAGAUAAUCUAAUAAACUGCGAAAAUUUGUCGCCGAAAGUAGAAGCUGUGUCUGAGAAAACGGACACAACGAACAGUAUAUUUGUAACAGAGAUCCACAGUGCGCCUCACACGUCGAGAGCGAACGACAAGAGUCGUACAGUGAACGAAGUAGACUGCAACGGAGGUAGUGAGAAGUUCGCUACGGUGAACUUCUUGAACGAGACCUUCGAGGAACUUAUCGAGAGUAAUGUAGAUGAUGAGACGAAAGACCCGAAGACUGAGGAACCGCCAAGCGAAGGAAAUGCUUCAGAGAGUUUAAAAUCUAGUGACAGUCCUUUAUUGAAAGACCUGGAGAGUCCGAAAGGAUCGAAGAGUAUAAAGGAUGAACUCCAGGAGAUUGGAGAGCUGACGAACGGAGUGACGGAGGAGAACGGCAGGAUGACCGUGGUCACAGAAGAUUUCCUACAGAAUGAGAAGAAUUUCUGUCAACUGGACUCGUAUUUUCCAUUGCUGAGUGAUAUAAGAUUCACUGGUCCAGCUACAGAAAUAAUGAGUACAUCAUUCACACAAGACUCUCCGACGGAACCUGCCUCGCCAGAGUGUCCAGAAAAGCGAGACACGGCCGCUGAACUGCUGAAGGAGUGGGACAGUGACUCUGAUUCUCAUACCAGCAACUCUUCAAGCGGGGAGUUUAUAUGGAAGGACGGCGACGGCCACGAGACCUCAGUCGUACCAUCCACGCACUUCGACCACCAGCGAACAGGGGAGUCUCGCAACAACAGUGGCGGGGAGCGUCACGGGUCCCCUCCAGGCGGGUCUGCGGGCUCCGGCCCUUCGGACGGAUCUGCGGACUCAGGGUCGGGCUCCGAAGGCGAUGAGGUGGAGUUCGUGCCUUCCUCGUGGGACUGUCGCGCGGCCCCCUCUAAGUCGUCACUAAGGAGCUUGGAGCAAGCGACACCGGACAACAAGAAGCGCGUAGUAUUCAAGCGUCAGAAGUACCACUGCGUGUACGAGUACCCGCGCGAGGUGGCUGACAUCGAGGCACACUCGCCCGCCGCCUACCUGCCGGACCUGUCUACUUACUCCGAAUGGGACCCGACCAGUGCUGAGGAAGCUGAGCUAGGUUACGGUCAACUGUUCGGCGCUCCCAGUCCGCUGGACCUCUACCCACUUAGAGCUGGGAUCGCUUUUGGAGCCGAUUACGACGAAGACUUCUUCAUCUCGUCGUCAGCGCGGCCCUUCGAGAGCCUAGGCAUCAUGUCCACCACUAGUCAGUUCUUCCCCGGCAAGCACGUGAAGCCCUCUCUGCUCGAGCGAGACCUCUCCGAUGACCUUACAGAGGACUUCCCCCCUCCUCCCUCCCCACUCCCUACCACUACACUCAUGCAGACCCGCACCCCCUCCCUGGACUUCACCACGCCAGACUCAGGAGUCGAAGAUAUCACGCCAGGCUCCACUACGGAUGAUGAUUUCAAGAAGAAACUGCCAGAGACGGAGCUCACAUGGAGACCCGUGGACAGCGCCAGCUCUAGUGAGUCAGUGAGUCCGAGCUCCCCGGGGGGCGAAGCACUCGGCGGACUCAGGCACACGCGGGACAAACUCAAGCUCGACCUACCGCCCAGUCCACACAUACCGUCCCCGCGACACAACAGAGUCUUCAACUUCGUGCUGGACAAGCCCAAGCGACGCGAGGACCGCCCCGCAGACCUCGGCACCACACCGCUCGUCAUGACGGACGACACGCCCAUCGUCACCACCUCUCUGCCGCUGCAGAAGGACUGCGAAGACUUACCGGUACCCGAGCCCACCUUCUCCACGUUCGGUAAGAGCCCGCCCAAGGUCGAACCCGAACAGAAACUGAUACUGACGGACGAGGUGGAGGAGAGCACCGAGGUGAAAGUGGAGAGCCCGAAGGUGGUGGAGGCAGUGAAGGGCGAGGGCACCGUGCUCGACAGCGGGGACGAGGACUCCGGCAUCGAGAGCAGCUCCAAGGCUACGCUUGAACGGAACAAGACCAACGUCUCGUAAUUACAACUAAUUAGUACUAGUAUUGUAUAAAUAGGAACAUAGAUCUGAAGUAACUGCGACUUUGUCGUGGAACAAAGUUUGAAGUUACGUUACAAAGAGAAACACGCGUUAGUUUGGAAUAUGACAUUGUUUAGUCUCCGUUAGAACUCUUACACCAUGUAUACUUUCUUUCAGUACUAAAUAUUUCAAACUAACGAUUGAAUUUCUCGUGGUUAUGACAACCGCACUUCUCGUCUAGACUACAGAAAUAGUCGACGAAACAAUGCCAUUAUGAAAUAAAAUAGUAUUACAAACAGCAAAAAGUAUUACGUGCUGGAUAUAAAGUUGAUAUACAUAUCGGAAUUACGGGCAUCGAUUCAUAGCCACACCAUAUCCGUCGAGCCGGGAAAUGUAACGCGUUCAUAUUAUUGCCAUCCGCUUUUUGAUACUUUAUACUCUUUCAAUCUUGCCAAUGAUACAACAAAAAUCUUUUCUAAAACAUUUCGCUUGGUCGUUCAAUCUAAGAAGAAAAAAAAUCCAUCAAAAUUGACAUCUACAUACAAACUACAUAUUAUGAAUGUAAGUUAACCGACGCGGUUACAUUUCCCCGUUGGACAGCACACAGUAUUCAGUGGAGCAAGUACUGCUCAGUUCAAUGCAAGGAUCACACACACGAAGGUACAAAUCGCCAUGAAUUAUAUCUAUAGGUGUAUCGCUUUGAUUAUAGCGUAAGAUAAGGCUUUGAUACUUUUACACAUUACAGCCUAAUUUUAUGAGAUCAGUCGCGUCCCUCGAGUUUUGACACGUUUUUAUUAAUUGAUGUUAUGUCGCGUGCGAGCUGAUUCUGUUUGAUGCACGUAACCACGUAACUAACGCCAGUAAACAAUCUUAUAAUUACUGCUCUAAAUAUAGUUUGAUGUGUUCGGAUGUUACCGCGCGCGACGCCGACGCAUACAUAACUCUCUAUGAAUAACAUCCAACUAAUUAGUUAACUGUCAAUCAUUUUAUAUUUAUAAUGAAGUGUAGGAGACUGCCAUACAGUCGGUGUACAAUGGAGGCAGCCGAUCGUACUCGUUAGAAAUGUUCAUACGUAACGUUUUUUACUCUUAUUUCGUAUGUCGUAGUGUUAGGAUACGCUCGCGCUGCGCCCGCGGCACACGCCCUCAGAAAUUAUAUGUUUUAUGUAUAGUAUUGUAUGAUUCCCACCAAAAUUACGUUUUUAUUAUUUUGAUACGUGAACAAAGUUGUGGCGAAGUGUGACGUCCCGCUGGGGGUGCGUGCGCGUGCGCAGCUCUCGAUGUCUAAAUUACUUGUUGUUUGUGACGACCUAUUAUAUUAUUGUAUUACUUUACGCACAAGUGAGUAAGCAUCUUCCAUCUUUUAAACCUCAACAAAUGUCUAAAUUGAAGCGUUUCGGUCUACGAUUGAGGUUAAAAAGCCAAUUGUUAGUUAAGUAAAAGUUUAUAUUAGAUAAGUGUAGUGUUAGAUGUAUCAAGUUGUGGCGAUAGAUCGACAUUGCGACUGUGCCACUGUACGAGUAUAACGUCGUCACUAUAGUAUGCAAUACGUCCAAGUGUGAACCUGAUGUGCAAUUCUUCUCAUUUCCAUAUCAUCGCGUUUUAGUUGUUUAGUUACUGCUGUAAAUAUAAUUUAAUGUUAUUAUGUAUUGAGAAAGUAAUCUUUUUGAAUAUGAAAAUUUAUUGAUUGUAUUAAUUGUACUACACGUUUAUUGUUCUGAACAUUAUUUUUUACAGUUUUAGAAUGUUUUCGUUAAUGUACAGAUGUAAAUAAGUGAUAGAUGUUCAUUUUGUUACGAUGCGUAGGGAGGCGUCCCGAGUGGCGGGCUGUUGACUGUGAGCCGAACGAGACAACUUUACGUUACUACGGAACAUGCUUCUGUUUCUUUGUACAUAUCAUAAGUCCUGCAACCCCACAUCAAAGAACAAAUCUUAACACGAAUAGGUCAAGAAUCACAUUACCUUACAUUCGUCUACUAAAUAUGUUUCUUGACCUUUCAGGAUCCAGAAUCUCAUUAUAUUGCUCCUUUACAUUCGCCGAAUUGUCUCGGUUCACCGAAAUAUAAAGGGGUGGUUGUCUACAUCAACAGUUCUUUCAUAACUCUUGCCUAUACUGGGGAUCAACUUCCAUCUUAGAGUUGUAGAUUCCAAUUUUUCAAUAACGUAGAGUCUGUUUGUAGUGAAUCUUACGCAGCAGUACCCAAGCUUAUGAUAUAAAAAACUAAGGAAUUUAUUUGAAUGAAUUGUCCAGUUUAAUUAUGUAUUUAUUGAACGUAAGUUGUUAUUGAUUUGUAUGAGUUGUCGGCAGUAUUUAGUGAAUGUGAACGCAUUGGAAGUCUUUUCAUAUUGUGACUUUGUCGAGUCUUUUAAAAGUAUUUCUAUGAAAAAAAUAAUAAUUAAAUAAAACUUGUGACUCAA